UGGUCUCGUGAACCUGAGCUUGGAAAGUGUCACGAUGACUUUGUUCAUCCCUCUCAUACUGGUCAUCUCAGCCAUCUCUUCAGCUCAAACUGUUACAAAGAAGAAGAUGGGCGACUUUGUUGUGUUGGAACCAGGCAAUAAACCUGACACACUCAAUUCAAUCGUCUGGAAGCAUGGAGAGGAUAGAGCGGCAGAGUGGUAUGAAGGAGACCCUGACGUAUCCUACUACAGGAUAUUUAAUGGAGGUUCGGUGCUAAAUAGGAGCACCUGUUCCCUCACCAUUAAUAACUUGGACAAACGUUUUAAUGGGGCAUACACAGCUGAGAUUAAUGGCCUGAAUCCUACGAAAAGUGAGAAAUUAGAAGUCCUUGAUCCUGUUUCAACUGUGACUAUUUCCCUGGACCGUGACUGUGAUGAUGAUGAAUCAGACAACUGCACCUUAACCUGUAAAGGAACAGGUGAUGGCCCUUUGAAGUAUAAAUGGACCCCGAGUCUGUCGAGUGCCAGUGUGGUGAUGGUGCCAAAGGGAGAAAAAGACACUGAAUACGCAUGUGAGGUCAGCAAUCCUGUGAGCUCACAGGAGGGAAAAUAUACUAUGCGAGUGAAAGGUUCCCAAGACCCAGGUCCUGUUGCUGCUGCUAUUCUUGUGCCGCUGUUUUUGUAG